AUGAGACUUAGGUAUUCUUUGCCUAGUGGACUCAUUUUCCUCUCAUCUACAAUCUUGUCUGUGGACGCAAUAUCUUUCGAUGUUUCGGGAAGAGCUCGUGCUUCUAACCCUGUCUUUCACAAACGUGACUCUAUCCCAGACUCCUCCAAUGGGAGUACUUCGUUGGAGGACCUAUUGGAUACUAUCUAUUUUUGCAACUUAACUCUUGGUGGAGCACCAUUUGAGGUUUCGAUCGACACUGGAAGUGCGGAUCUGUGGAUUGUUGGCACAGUUCCUGCAGCACAUAACACAUCUGUUCAUGCAAAUUUGACCUAUGGUCAAGGUUCAGUCGCAGGGUUCAUAAAUACUGCAGCGCUCGUAUUUGACGAUUUCGAAAUCGCAGAUCAAGCUUACAUCCACGCGGAUUCCGUCAUUCAAAUGAUCCAGGAUGUACCAGGAACAGGGUUGAUCGGCCUGGGGCCUUCUAAGGGGUCCGCGAUUUUGGGUCUGUUGAACUCGAGCGCGGGGGACCCACCGCUCGACCGUAUUUUCAAACAGAACACAAGCACCCCAAAUAUAUUGACCAUACUUCUGUCUCGUAACGAAGAAAAUUCCACAGUCCCAGAGAUGAGCAAUCAGUUGGUGCCUCUCCUCGAGGACCAGCCCGGGCAGAUUACCAUUGGUGAAGUCAUUGGGGGAUACGAGGAAGUGGCAGAACAACCCAAAUUGCCCGCAUUAGUAGAUGGCUCUGGUCUCAAUCAACAUUGGAUGACUCUGCUAGACUCCAAUGGUAUUAUCGGCCCUGACGGAAACAGAAUCAAUACUACUUCAUCGAAAUCUAAUUUAACUCAAGGCAAGAGCGACCAACUUCGGGUUGUUUUCGACAGUGGUUUCAGUUUUCCUCAGGUACCAGCUGACAUUGCCGAUGAUUUCUACGGCCGUGUACCGGGGGCAUUCUUCAACGAAACCAUCGCCUACUGGCAGGUUCCUUGCAGCUACGAAUUGAACGUCUCAUUCAUCUUUGCAAGCGUCGAAUAUCCUAUCCAUCCUUUGGACAUGACUGCUUUCAAUGGUGUUGAUGAAACGACUGGGGAGGAUGUCUGUUUGGGAUGGUUCCAACCAAUCGCAGACAAUAUCCUUAGUGACCCUAAUUUUGGGUCAUUCGACGUUAUCUUGGGUGCAGCAUUUUUACGAAAUGCCUACCUUCUCAUCAAUUUCGGAGAUUUUGUAGAUGGCUCGAACUCAUCUGUCGCAGACCCUUUCAUUCAACUGUUUUCAACUGUCAACCGUACCGCAGCUCACCUCGAUUUUGUUAACGUCCGUCUAGGGGGCAAAGAUACGACAAGCAUGCAGGAUCCACUUCUUUCUGUCAGCGAAGCACAGUCUUCCUCAUCGAAUCUAGCCGACGCACUUUCAGAUAGCUCUGACAAUGACGAACCGGUUUAUAAAAAGACCUGGUUCAUUGUCGUCGUCAGCAUUGCAGGGGCCAUCGUACUCGCUGCUAUAGGAUGGUCCAUUUACAGUCUUACGCGACGCAGUCGGCGAAGUAAUGUUCGAUCGGAAAGCGCCUUUAUACCUCCAAUGGGGUCUUACAAGCCGCUUGUUAUGAAAGAGGAUGGUGACAGUAUCGUAGGACCUGCAGUUGGCCAGUAUAGUCACCGGUCAGGAUUUCGUGACCCAUACACAGAUGAACCAUAG